AUGCCCAGCCCAGCGCCCCAGCAGUCCGAUCCCGCGGACGCUCAGGUCCUAGCCCAGCGCUCAGACUGCUCUCCAGAGACCCCGUCGCUAGGGCUCCCUGGCUGCCCGUCGGGUUUAAGCACGCCCCGCGCUCCUGGUCGCCUGGAGUCCUCCUUCUCCAUCGAGGCCAUCCUGGCGAGGCCCGAUCCCUCUGCGCAUGCCAUCUCCCCGCCUCCAGUCACCCGGUGCAUGGCUUGGAGCCCCUGGAGCGCUCUUCCCGGGUGCGCAGCGCCGGCUCUGCGUUGGACCUGCCCCGCGCCAGCGAGUUGGCUGCCCACCUGCCUGAACGUGGGUGUCUACCCGCUGUACCCCCAGUUCUCGGUGCCCCAGCUGCACAUGGCACACUUUUGCGGUAUCCAGGGCUUUGGCAACCCAGGCUUGGAGCUGGCUCACUCUCCUGGUCUCUGGAGCCCCCUGGACUUGGUACCUAUCAAGGAUCCUCAAGAAACUGAGAGACACCCAAAGAGGGCUCGAACUAUGUUUAACUUGGAGCAGCUGCAAGAGCUGGAGAGAGUAUUUUCCAAACAUCACAAUCUAGUGGGGAAGAAGAGAGCCCAGCUGGCCGCUAAGCUCCACCUCACGGAGAACCAGGUGAGGAUCUGGUUCCAAAACCGCAGGGUCAAGUAUCAGAAGCAGCAAAAAUUAAAACUUCCAGCCACAUCUGCCAUUGCUGCCUCCCUGGAUGAACCCACCAGCAGCUCUGAUAGCAGCAUCCAGAGAGAAGAUGCCGAGUCAGGAUCAGACAGCUGA